CGGAGAGCUUCUACUCCUCUUCGACUUCCCAAGUGUAGCAUUUGUGACGCACGGCUAAAUACGGACUCAACCAACACACAGCACUCACAUCUCCGCAAAUUACACCUAUAAUUUCCAUUCAACAAUUAAAAUGAAAAUUAUUCCAGAGAGCCUAGGUCUUAACAAGCACGGCAAAUAUCCUCUUAGCUAAUGCUACGACGUACUCACCUCCUCAGCUCGGUGAGGACCCCUAAAACAGGAAGCUAGCAAGAAUUCGGGGUCCCGCAUUCCUGCAGAGCAUGUGCGCGUACCGCUGAGCUCUAAUUUAAGUCUCAGGUACUCUGAAGCCCACCCGAAACCAACGGGAAGUCAGCUCCGAGUAGCCUAAAAUGAUCAGUCUGUGGGGUAAUUGUCCUAGAUCAGCAAGUACUCUAUACCUUGACGGUACAAAGUCGGAAGAUGUAUUUGUGGCUCCCCAUCCCCACAGCCGCAUGCGGGGCAUCCCCAAACGCUUAAACCUGCUGGUCCAGAUCGGGUUUCACCACACCAAAGAAACGUUGGGGAGUCGAUACUCGACGAAGAGGUGCAUAAAGUAUGCUAGGUAGGAGCAGCGGGAAGAAAGUCAAGAUGCAAAGACAUACAACAUAGCACGAUGAAUUCGGACUGAGAAUAUCUCUCUGCACAUGCGGCUCACAUCUCUUUACUUGUUCUAGGCAGGAAGUAUAACGGCGGCGUUCCCAGUCUUACAAGUCGGUGAUGAUCGCCCAAAUAGCCAAGACAAACAUCUUACACGACUUCAUGCGAAACACACGAAACAUACAAUAGGCCUAUAGAACGUCCAUGAAUACAAGAGUAGAAAUUUACCUAUCUACCUACCUACCUACCUAAUUUCCUGAUAACCCAGUGCCUUGAUUGCUAAAAAAAGAAAAAAAGAAAAAGUCCAAAUCUCAAAAAGGCUCCGUAACUGCCGAUCCGGCGGGAUGUUAUUAGGAACCAAUAGCCUGUAAAAUACCAAACAGAUACAACGAAAGACCAAAUCAGUACCGCAAUACACUGCUCCCAAACUCAGAUACAAACGCCAGGCAGCCCUGCAAGGACCAGCCUCCAAAAAAUAAAAACCAGAGUGGUCAUCCAUACUCCACGCCAAGCCACCACAGCGGUAAUCGUCCUGCCAGGAAUAUACAAACCCCCCCCCCCCCAAAAAAAAAAAACGAAGAGGUCAAAUGUUCAACAAGUCCCAAAGCCGUCAGACGCCGUCGGGUACCGACCGACACUGAGGAAUACAACAAAGCCAAGCAGGCAUCUCGUGAGGGAGAAAAAAAAAAAGGUAUCUAAGUAAUUCAGGGUCCCAAAGGAAGCGAGAGAAAGAAAAAGGGUACGAUGCGUGACGAUAACGGCAAUGUUGUAUGUCUUACUCGGGAAACAUCUUCUUCAUCUCCUCAUCGGUGAGGUGGAUCUCGUGUACGGGAUCUCGUCUAUUUUCCAGAGGGACGUAGUAGCAGUCGACAUAGGAGGGAAGGAAGAUUUC